AUGCUAAUUAUCCUUCUACUCUUUCUACUAAUCACUUCUUUUGGUCAAGUAAUCAAUGCAUUUCCCUUAAGUGCUUGUCCAAAUUGUGGUGACUUUGAAGUUCCAUAUCCACUCAGCACAAAUGAUAACUGUGGUGACAAAAGGUACAAAAUUUACUGCAACAACCAUACCUUAAAAUUCUUGUCACCAACAGGAACAUACUAUAACAUCCUUAAAAUUGACCCAAAUGGUAACAAGCUUAUAAUCAAACCACCUAUCAUACAUAAACACACUUGUUACUCUUCUGAUCUCUUUGGGGGAGGCUUAGUUCUUGAUGAAAACUUACCCUUCAAUAUUUCUACACUCAACACUGUCAUGCUCCUAAACUGCUCUAGUAAUAUCCUUCAAUCUCCUCUUAACUGUUCAUCAAACAGCAUCUGUAGAGAGUUUGAGGAAAAAGUAGAGGAGGGGAAAGGGUGUAUGAACACCCUUUGUUGUCAUUACUUGAAAGAUUCAGCUAUGAAUUCUCAUAAGAUCAGACUCCGACUUGGAAGCUGUACUGCUUAUAGUUGUUUGGUGAAUUUCAAACCUGGUGACCCUUUUGAAACUUGGAGUUAUGGGAUUGAGUUGCAAUGGGUGUCUCCUUAUUAA